UCGAUCGCCGCACUGCUCGACCGCUACAAAAACCCUCCCCUCUUUAGAACAAACUAAUCACCCGACCCUUCCUCUUCAAUCCACUCUGCUCCACUUUCCUUUCCCAAUUUAGUACAAGAAAAUCUAGCGAAAUUUUUAGUCUCUGUAUGCUAUACUAUUCUUAUUACCUAUAAAUAUAAAUAUAAAUAUAUUUAGGGGACACGACGAUAUCGAUGAUGACGAUGAUGAUGGAGGAGGAUGGUAGUAAGAAUAAGAAUAAGAAUAACAACGAUCAUAUGAUGAUGAUUAGGGGAUACCGCGGGGGAGGGGGAGGAGCCUUGGCGGCGGCGCCGUUCGUGGUGAAGACGUACCGGAUGGUGAACGAGCCGAGCACGGACGCGGUGAUCGCGUGGGGGAAGGAGAACAACAGCUUCGUCGUCGUCGACCCCUUCGUCUUCUCGCAGACGCUGCUGCCGGCGCACUUCAAGCACAACAACUUCUCCAGCUUCGUCCGCCAGCUCAAUACCUAUGGCUUUCGGAAGGUGGAUCCGGACCGGUGGGAGUUCGCGCACGCGUCGUUCCUACGGGGGCAGACGCACCUGCUGCGGCAGAUCGCGCGCCGGAACAGCGGCGGCGGCGGCGGAGGCGGCGGUUCUAAUUCUUCUUCGUCGGCUUGUUGUUCGUCGUCGUCGUCGUCGUCGUCGACUACUACCAGCACCGGUUGGGGCGUGAACGGGAAGAAGAAGAAGAAGAUGAUGAUGACGACGACGAUGGAGGAGGGCGAUGAGGCGGCGGUGGCGGAGGAGGUGGUGAGGCUGAAGCAGGAGCAGAAGGCCAUCGAGGAGAGGGUGGCGCGCAUGUGGCGCCGGGUGCAGGAGACGGAGCGCCGCCCGCGCCAGAUGCUCGAGUUCCUCUUCAAGCUCGUCGGGGACCCCCAGCUCCUCCCCCGCCUCAUCGUCGGCCCCGGGCCCACCCCUCCUCCUCCUCCUCCUCCUGCUGCAGCCCCUGCCACUGCUACCGCCGCCGUCCCCGAGUGCGGCGGCGGCGGCGGCGGGGAGAAGCGGGCGCGGCGGCUGCGUGAGCUGGAGGCGGAUCGGGAGGCCCGCCCGGGGGUUGCGGGGCUUUGUUCCUGGCCGCUGGAUUCCGAGGGGGCGGCCGCCGGCGGCUUUUACGAUCGCCGCGGCGAGGAUGAGCUGAUCUCCGCCGUUGAUCAACCGGUGGGGUUUUUGUACGGCGGCGAUGGUGGUGAUUACGGUGGGGUGGUGGACGGCGGGGGAAGCAGCGGAGGCGGCUUUUACCCCUACGCCUUCCCGGUGGGGAAUGGAUACUAAGUUUCACUAACGAUGACACCUAUUUCUGUUAAUGGACGCUGCUGCGCCUUCCUCCUCUUUUUUUUUUUUUUUUUUAAGAUGUUUUGUUGUUUUCGGUUUGUACCUCUAUCCGCUGUUGUGUAAUCGUAAUUAACAAAAUAAAACAACUGUGCAGCUUCUGCUCUCGCGUUACGCUCGCGGCACACCGGUGGUUUAA